AUGUUAGAGGAUGUUGGUGGUAAAUCAGAGAGGGGAUCAUUUAUCGGUUUUGGGAGGAAUCCUGGAGCUGCUGGCUGCCAGUCAUCGCUGAGAUUAGAUGUUGGCUCUGGUUCAGUGGCAGCUUCUGGAAAAUCGGCCGCUCCGUUCUACUCCUUCAGUGGACACAAUCCCAGAAGACGCUCUUUACAAGAUGUUCCUCCAGUCGAUCCUCUGCAAACAAAAAAGGUUCGCAAGGUCCCUCCUGGCCUGCCUUCAUCUGUUUAUGCAGCAUCUCCUAGCACAGAAGAGUUCAGCAGAGAUUCCCCUUCAUACAACUCGCCCAAACCCACAAGCAGUAUAUUUGCAAGCACUUUCUUUGAUGGCACCCACAGUUCAUCCGACCCGUGGAGUUCGUCCAAUGGGAUCAGUCAGACAGGCUACGGAGGAAUGCUCAGUGGAUCUUCAUCUCACAUGCCACAGUCAGGAAACUACAGCAGCCUCCACAAUCAUGAACGACUGAAUUACCCUACACACUCUGUCUCUCCGGACAUCAACUCCAGUCUUCCUCCUAUGUCCAGUUUUCACAGAAGCAACUCCAGCACGUCACCCUUCGUCACAGCCGCGCACACAACAUCUGUCAACACAGCAGAAGUCAUAGCUGCUGCAAAUCGGGGAAAUGCCACUGGGAGCUCACAAACAGGAGAUGCAUUGGGGAAAGCCCUGGCUUCAAUUUACUCGCCCGACCAUACGAGCACUAGUUUUCCUUCAAACCCGUCCACACCAGUGGGCUCUCCCUCACCCCUCACAGCUACUGCAGGUGCAGCAUCGACGGGAACAGUGGUUACGGCGGCAGGCUCCACAACUGGCCGACAAAGCACAAAUCCAUGGCCGUGCACAGGUGGACAGACUCCAUCUUCUCCAAAUUACGAGAGCUCCCUCCACUCACUGUCUCGCAUGGAGGAUCGCCUGGACCGACUCGAUGAUGCAAUCCUUGUUCUGAGGAACCAUGCAGUGGGCUCCACUGCCAGUCUGCCCAGCGACAUACACAGUCUGCUGGGACAGGCACAAAAUGGGCCAAUUGCUUCAAUUGGCGCAAACUUCCCCGCCUCUGCAUUGGUUCCAAAUCGGACAACUGCAAUGGGGGGUGCACAUGCUGAUGAUGCCACCAGUCUGAGCAGGAGCCACGGAGGCCUUCCAAGUGCCAGCUCCACAUCCAGCACAGACCUCAUCCACCAAGUGGAGACAUUUAGAAAUCUCACCGCCGUCCUUAGUGGACAGGUGGCCGCAAACCUGGAGUUGAAGGUGGAAAAACCGGACAAAGACGACCUGCUUGAUAGCAUGUCUGGAGAUGAUAAAUCAGAUGAUGAUGGUGAUAGAGGAGACAUGAAGACUCCUCGUUCUGGCACCCGCACAAGUAUUACUGAAGAUGAAGACCUGAAUCCAGAGCAGAAGGCAGAGCGGGAACGCGAGAGGAGGAUGGCCAACAACGCCCGCGAACGCCUCCGGGUGCGAGACAUCAAUGAGGCCUUCAAGGAGCUCGGUCGCAUGUGCCAACUCCACCUCAAGAGCGAGAAGCCCCAAACAAAACUGCUCAUCCUUCAUCAGGCUGUGGCUGUCAUCCUGAAUCUUGAGCAGCAAGUCAGAGAAAGGAAUUUGAACCCCAAGGCAGCCUGUCUAAAAAGAAGGGAGGAGGAGAAAAUGCAUCCAACCCAAUGGGCCAUCUCUGAGUUGCAGAUCAACAUCAUACAGGCAAUACAUUGUUUCCAGUUUGAGAUGGAAACCUUGGUUCCUGAUGACAAAAAGGAUUUUGUGACAACAAUUUGA